GAAAUCCUCCAAAUGAUUUAGAUCUGUAGUUUGACUGAACCAUUGCCCGCACAUGAUGAUGAUGUUUAUUGUUGUUUUGCCGGAUAUUUGCAGUCGCUGUCCUGCUGGAUGGUGAACUGCGCUCCAUUCGCCCCAUCCUCUACGUACCUGUACUUAGCUCCACCCAUCUUUUCAUCGACAGUUUGUUCAGCCAAUGAAUCUGUUCAUCUUUAUCAUUUUGCCUCUUUAUUUUUUAGUUGGUAAAAAUAUUUUAAAACCAAUACUUCUUGCUUGUCUGUAAUUAUAAACUGUUUUGCAGAGGAUCCCGGCACUUUCUCCGCACCUCAUUAGAGAAGCCAAUGUAAACUCAGCUGCCUCCCAGCUCUGUUCUCAUUACACGCCUACUGUUGUCCUGCCGCCUGCUUCCCCUCAGCUCGUCUUCUCCAUCCUCUCACAUUAGUGUUCAGAGAGAGUCCUGUCUGCACACCGCCGGUCAGUUUUCUCCUGUGUUGGUGUCUUCUGAUGGAUGAAUAUGUCCACUACUAAUAAUAUCGCCCAGGCCAGGAAACUGGUGGAGCAGCUGAGGAUCGAGGCAGGAAUCGAACGCAUUAAGGUGUCUAAAGCGGCGGCGGACCUGAUGAGUUACUGUGAGCAGCACGCUCGAAGCGACCCCCUGCUGGUUGGCGUGCCCACCUCUGAAAACCCUUUCAAGGACAAGAAGCCUUGCAUCAUCCUAUAGCUUCAUACGUGCUUUUUUUUUUUUUUUUGCCCUCACACACACACAUACACGCCCGCACACAUGCACACAACAGAUUCUCCUAUUCACAUAGGCUCACACAUAAAAGUUGACUUUUGCUAUCAAAAUAGGUCCCCACCCAUCCUCAGACGCCGAGAAACCCCAGCUGGCGUUUGGGGGUUACACACACAGUCGCUCCAAAUUUAGCCACUCUGAAACAGUGCCACAACCCAGAACCACCACUAGGGGGCAGGUAUCUUGUCCUUAUAGCUUCUGAGAUGAGUUAAGCAUAGAGUAUGGUCCAAAGUGCUUUGGUAUUAUUCCCAUAUGCUGGUGAAUUAACAACCGCUUAACUUGAAAAGUUAUUUCUGACAUUCAACAAUUGGUAGGAGGCCCGCUACUUUUCCGUCGCCGGUCAUGAAACGAGGUGUCGGGUAAAUGAUGGGCAGCUGCUGCACAGGCAGGCAGUGGGAAGAAGCAUGUGGGCAACACAAAUAAGUGGUGGGCGCCAGUCCGACCGUGCCAAACACGAGCCAGUGUCGCAGCGAAAAGCUCAAUAAAUGCUUAAUCUUCUGCGGGAACUUUAAGAUAAAUAAAAAAAAAGACAAUCCGAGAGCUUUGUCUUUAGCUAGAGUCUUUGCUUUGGUCAGACCACAGCAUGUUCCCUCUCGAAUCCGUAUCAACAGACCUCUUCUCCACCUGCGGCCUCUCUGCGGCUGCCUCCAGCCUUUUUGGUCCAAGCCUCCAGCUGUGCCAACCUGUACAAAAACCCCCACCUGUCUCUAGAUGCUGAUCCGCUGUCGCUGGUUCCGCUGCGGCUCGAGAUAGCUGCUGCCGUUGGUUCAGAGUCGAUGUCUUAGCCGACCUCAGAUCUGGACCAACCAGAGGAACUCAGCGAACAGCUCAACAAAGAACUCAAGCUAUUAACCGUGGACGUUUACUGCUUUUGUUUUGUUUUGUUUUGUUUUGGGGGGUUUUCUUAAGAAAUACUUAAUGUAUGUUUAGGUAUUUUGUUGAAGCAUUGCUUAACAUUUAAGACAAUACUGUACUUUUUUUGUUGUUGUUUUACCUUAACGGGAAGGAGGCGUUACCAAUGGCCGACCUGGUUUGGAUCAGGGGUCCCACCUCAUAAGAUCUUAGAGUCUCUACUGUACAUCAAACCUUCGUGUGCUUUACUUUAAGUGGGAGCGAGGCCACAGACUGACCACUUUGGAGAAUCCAUCUGCAACAACGGAGAAAGUUCAAACUUUAACAUUUUCUCUGUUUUCAGCUCAUAUUUGUUGUUACACAUAAAGAUACAUGUAGGGAGUAUUUCAGAAAGAUUGAUUGAACAAUCUGACGCCUACAGUGACUUCAAAUCCGGUCUAAAUGGUAGAAUAAAUUCAUUUCACGCGAGUUCACCACAAUCCAGAGAUCGGCUCUUGGAUUCCCCCUUUCUGUGUCCUCUGCUCCUCCACCACACUCCUCCAAUCUAACAAAACCAAACUUGAUUGUAAAACCUGAAAACGAAGAGGGAAGAAAAUGGCAUUAAGAGAAACAAACUAAGUGUAAAAACUUUCUUUUAGACGUGCAGAAGUGAUAAGUUGAAGAGUAGUUGUCUUGGCUUUUUAUUUUUUAUGUUACCUUCUUUCUAUGGAGUCCAUGAGAGCCGAUCAGUUGAGUAUUAUUACCCUGUACAGUGUUUGUAAGAUACAGAAUCUAAACACAGAACUACCCUGGUCUGUGGAUGUUGGAAUUUUUAACACUGAAUCCCUGUUGUACGUCAAAGAUCAUGUCCGUCUUCUCAUUUUUCUUUCAGUUUUUAAAGGCUUGCGUUAGCGGAGGUUGGUUUUAGCCAUAGUUAAAAACGCAGCAGUCAGGAUUUUAACAAAUAAAAACAAAAAUGUUGCAAGGUUAAAGAUGGAGUCUGUAAGGGGGAUUAAUCAACAUCAGACCUCAUUGCAGUGGCCAACAAAUCAACCUCCUGAGCCUUCCUUUAAUAUCAAUGCUGCCGUUUUUGUUUUGUCUUUAAUGGCACAUUUUUGGGGCAACAAGCAACACAAAUGUCAUACAUCUGUAAUUUCAGAGGAGUGAUACUAAACGGAUUGAAACUGGACUUGAUGCAAAUUUAAGCAAAGCUUUUCAAAAAUGGAGUGGUUUGAUCUGCACGGCAUUAUGAUUUUAGUCGAGAGUAGGACACAGUUACAGAGCAUGAUUGUCAAGGUUCUCCUGGUCCAUGCUUCCUCAUGCGUGUCUUGUACAUCAGUGUUGCACAGAUCAGCUUUUAAAACAGACUAUGCUGAAAGGACCCAGAUUGUGUUGGAUUAUGUUUGUGUAUUUGCUCACACUGAACGCUAAAAUCACCAGUUAGCCUAAUUUUACAUCUUCUUGUAAAAAAACCUUGCUUAUUCUGCCUUUGGAUUUUAUUCAGAACAAAGAGAGCAGGCAGUUUCAAAAGGAUAAGACUUCAGGUUGGGGGUGUGUGGCAUAUAGUAUGCAUGUGUGUGGGGGGGAAAAGAUGUGGUCUUAGUGGUAUUUAAUUUAGCGGAGAUGGAGUUGGGAAAAGACUUGUACUUGUUUGCAUUUGUAGGAAAAUUUCAAAGAAUAUUAGAGCACAGUGCCUGUUGUUCAUAAAAACAUGGCAGUGUUACAACCCUGUGGUCCUGCAGUUCUAGGUCAGGGUUAGUCUGGCCAGGGGAAAGGUCACGUAGCUUUAGCUAGUACAUGUGAUAUUUUGGUGCGUCCGCUUUGUUACAUUUUCAAGGUUUCCAUCUAGAAAUUCUUUUGACUCUUCAGUAUCCUAAUUUAUCAUUGGUUACAAUAGGGUUGCUAUGUUUUUGCUAUUCAAUCAGAAGCAAAAUACAGUGAGAAUAGUCUUGUAAAAUAUGUACAAUUUGACAUAUCAUAAUCCCAUUCUCUGAAAAUAGAGAGAAAUCAAUUUUUAAAAAUGUUCUCAUUGUUUUCAACAAUAUGUUGGCUACUUUAAACCGAUUCUAGCCGUCCAUUGUCCUUUUCCUGCUGUCGUCAUUCACAGCUACAUGGCCAAUCGAAACCAUCUGAUUGAAAAGGCAGAAAUUUUGCUUUACACUUCGCACCUGGCCUGCUUAGCAAAGAUAAGAGUGCAUAAGUGUUGUUGAAUCUUUUAGAUUGCCAUCUGGUGACGUGAAAAUAGCACUGCAGGUAGCAGUCACUAAACGGAAAUGGAGUAAGGUACAACCCAACUUUGUCUUAUAACUGGCAACCCCAGCUGCCCCGCCAAUAAUUACAUUGUUUGUAGUAGUUAGCAUAGCAAUUGUUGUCAAAUCCCCCUGGUUUUCCAGAUUAACUCCCAGACAAAUCAAACAGAAUUAGCAUGUUUGACAUCCACUUAUUUAUUAAGGUGUGCUUACUUUAGGAUGAAGAGAGGAGCAAAAAAAUAUAGCAAGUUAAAAUUGUUGUGAAAUUCACAUACCUAGCAUAUUCCACCAGUCAAAUUAGCUUGUCUUCAACAUAUAUAUAUAUAUAUAUAUAUAUAAAUUUAUAAAUAAAUAAUAUCUCCAGAUGUGUGAUUGUUUUUGUUUUUUUAAAUAAAUGGAUAUGGGGAAGGAGGAUAAAAGUUGCAGGGGUCUAUUAAAGAAUAAAAUGAGCAUGCAUAUCAUACCACUACGCACAACUGUUGCCCUAAAAAUGUCUGACAAAUUAAAUUUUUUACAUUCUUAUAUUUUUUCUCAAUCAUUCCAUCUCUUCCUGGGCUACAAUCAAAGACGGCCGGCCUGAAAUGCUGAUUUUGCCGACAGUUUGUCUGAUUGAUUAGUUGUUAGUUUGCCUUAUAGUGGCGUAUAUUGUGUUAAUGCUGGUUGUGGAGUUAUCAGAUCAACAGAAUGAACAGUCCUAAAGUGGAGCAUGUGGCUCACAUUGCCAAUUCACAAAGUGAGCUCAACAAAAAUUCAUUUUUGGCCCCAGUGAGGCGAGUCUGAGGCUCUUUGCUGGUGGACUGUCAUAUCAAGCAUCACUCAGUUGGCUCGGAGUCCCAUCUGAGACUCAUCUUUGUGUUCUGAGCUCCUGUGUAUGCAUACAGUAUAUGUAUCCUUUUUGCCUUGAUUGAUUCUGGAAAAAAAAUAUCUAUUUUUUGUAACUGUUCUCUGAUGUGCCAUAACUCAUGUUUUCUUGCACACUGUUAAUAUUUUGUGGAUAUUGCUGUUAAAAAAAUAUUGAGAAGUAGAUAACAUUAAUAAAAAGAUGAUAUAACGCAA